AUGUCUUUAUCAUGUCUAGAAGCAGAUCACUCCUGGGGGCCGACUUUGCCAACACCUUGUCAUGGAGGGUUUGACUUCACCAUCUACUUUGAACAGAUCUGGCUUUCAACUGUGCCAUCAAUCUUGUUCUUGGUUUCCAGCGGUCCUCGGCUGUGGCAGCUCUGCCGAGCCCCAGUGGUGAUCCGUAAAUCGAGGAGCCAACUGGUCAAAUUGGGCACUAUUAGCCUACUGAUCGCUCUUCAAUUGACACUGCUUCCCCUGUGGUGUUUGAGGACGUCCCUCCAAACGUCUGCUUCCAUCCCGGCUGCUGUCUUCUCGUUGGUUGCUGCACUUGUGCUUGCUCUUCUCUCCUAUUAUGAACACCAGCAAUCUGUUAGGCCGUCGACGUUGCUUAGCGUUUAUCUCUUUUUUUCAGUCCUGUUUGAUGCCGUCCAAGCUCGAUCAUUAUGGCUUCGCACCACCAAUGCCCCGAUCGCAGCUGUAUUCACUGCGACGUUGGCUGUUAAAUUCAUCAUCACGGUCCUGGAAGGACGAGAGAAACAAGCAAGUUCGCAAGGACCAGAAAUCAAGUUGUCGCCCGAAACCACCAGCAACAUAUAUAAUCGCACAGUUUUCUGGUGGCUGAACCGUCUGUUUCUCACUGGUUACAAGAGUACCCUGCGCUUGAACGACUUGUAUCCGCUUGAAUCAGAUAUGGCCUCAGCAAAGCUAGGCGCUGCCAUAGAGAAUGUCUGGAUGGGGACCAAGCAAACCAGCCCGUAUGCUCUGCUUUUGACGACUGUAGUUGCACUGAAAUGGUCCCUGCUCUCACCAGUGGCCCCUCGUAUUGCGCUUAUCGGCUUCAAAUACUGCCAACCACUCUUGCUGGCGAGUGUGGUCAAUUAUGUGCAGCUCCCAGAUACAGACCGUGAUAUAAAUGCCGGCUACGGUCUGAUCGGAGCGACAGCCAUCGUGUACAUUGGAAUUGCAGUGAGCACUGGAGUUUACAAUCUCAAAGUAUACAGAUCCACCGUCAUGAUACGCGGCUCGCUUGUGAGCAUCAUCUACCGCAAAACCUUGAGACUACAUCUAAACGAAGCCAAAUCAUCCGCCGCAUUAACUCUGGCUAGUUCGGAUGUGGAUCGGAUUGGCCUCACCGUUGAAAGUGGGCAUGAGAUCUGGGCCAGUAGCAUUGAAACCAUAUUAGCCCUCGUGCUGCUGCAACGCCAAUUAGGCUGGGCCAGUAUUGCCCCUGUAUUACUUGCUUUGCUGGCUACCGCGGCAAAUACGCGAAUCGCAAAGUAUGUCCCACGGCGCCAACGGGAAUGGGGCGCUGCGAUCCAGAAGCGGGUAACCCUCACAUCGUCAGUCCUCAGAAACAUGAAAAGCGUCAAGAUGAUGGGCCUGCAGGAGACGAUUGCUCGGGCAAUUCAGGUGGCCAGGGUCUACGAGCUGGAUUUGUCGAAGCGCUACCGGAGUUUCUUUGCGUACAUGGCCAUUAUCUCAACUAUACCUUUGCAAUUUUCUGCCCCGUUCGCUUUUGUCGUCUAUAUAUAUGGUGUCAAAUCACAGCAGGGACUUGACUCCGUUGCAGCACAGAUAUUCGCGACACUUUCACUGACUCAACUGCUGGCCACUCCAUUACAAAAGGUCUUAUCUUCCAUUCCGUCUUUUGCGGGAUCCCUCGGUUCAUUCACACGUAUCGAGGCUUACCUUCAGCUUGACGAUCGUGUUGAUGGCAGGGCUACCGGCCUUGCAAGUAGCCGGGAGAGCGCGAAAGAGUCAAUUAUAGGCGAAAACCAGAUCGAACCGAGGAACUUGGGAACGACAGGGAGAAGCAAAAGUAUUGGUAAACAUGCAAUUUCAGGGCAAGAGGCAGACAUUUCCUACUCCGCGGACUCACAUCUAAUUCUCCACAAGCAGAACUUUGAAAUUCGGAAAGAUCUCUUAAACAUAGUCAUCGGCCCUGUGGGGUGUGGAAAAACCACGCUGCUCAACGCCCUCCUCGGCGAGAUCACCAUCUCCAGUGGCAAAGUGAUAGUAGAUGAUUCUCCAAUUGCCUAUUGCCAGCAAACGCCCUGGCUCAUUAACGCCUCAGUUAAAGAGAACAUCCUCAAUCACUCUCCGUACGACGAGGCUUGGUAUAAGAGGGUGAUUUGGUCCUGCGGAUUGAACGAAGACAUUGAACAACUGCCUGAUGGAGAUGAUACUCUUGUUGGAAGCCGGGGAACCAGUCUAAGCGGUGGACAAAAGCAGCGGCUGGCCCUCGCCCGGGCUGUCUACGCUCGAGCACAAUUAGUCGUCCUUGACGAUACCCUGAGUGCUCUCGAUGCCCGAACUGAGAAACUGGUUUUUGAUCGUCUGCUGUCCAAAACGGGACUCUUCCAGCAGCUGGGAUCGACAGUCAUCCUGGUCACUCACUCAGUGCAACAUCUUCGAUCUGCGGACAACAUCAUUGCAUUGGAUUCCAAAGGAUGUAUCGAACAACAUGGCUCAUUCACAGAGCUUAGCGGUCGAGAGGGGCCCGUUCGACGCCUGCUAGCUGAUUGUCCCCCUGACAAGAGCAGUGCAGAAUCUGACACCUUGUUACCAGCUUCUGAUUCAGUUUCUCCAAACCAAGCUCAAGAGAGAGCAAAUGUGUCAUUGCCGCAUGCUGCUGCUGCCCCGGGCCUAAAAAGGAAGCCUAUAUCCGAUUCAGCUGUGUUGAUGUAUUACUUGAAGUCCAUUGGAUGGUGUCGUGCGUCGAUAUUUCUCCUUACAAGCCUGGCGUAUGUGUUCUGCACCAGCUUCACCCAGGUCUGGGUUCAGUGGUGGACGGAAUCUAAGAAUUCCAACGAUGGGUCCUUCUUAGGGGUCUAUUUUGCUCUGGCAGUUGGAGCCAUUGCGAAUUAUAGUUCGUCCAUCUGGUGCAUGAUGAUCUCUAUCGUGCCAAACUCAGCAGCGAAACUGCACUUGCAGCUCCUUGAUUCCGUUAUUCAUGCGCCCAUGUCAUUCUUCUCGUCUGUAGACUCGGAGAUUACCCUCAACCGAUUCAGUCAGGACAUGUCGCUGAUCAACAGUCGCCUCCCUGUAUCCACAAUGCAGGCAACACCGAUGGCUUUCCAAGCGCUAGCACAGAUCGCUCUUAUAGCCGUUGGGUCUACCUACCUGGCCAUUGCGAUACCCUUCUGCCUUGGCACGACCUGGGCUCUACAACGAUUCCACCUUCGGACGUCGAGGCAACUGCGCUUACUCGAUCUGGAACUGAAAUCUCCGUUGUUCUCAAGCAUCUCUGAGACCCUCGAAGGUCUCCCGACGAUCCGCGCCUUCGGCUGGCAGGAGACAUUCGAACGACGGAAUCAGGAACGACUGGACGCCUCGCAGCGCCCAGUCUACCUCAUCUACUGCAUCCAGCGCUGGCUGACCUUUGUCCUUGAUCUCAUAGUCGCAGCACUGGCUAUUCUGCUGGUCAGCCUGGCGACUCAGUUGCCGAGCAGCACGAGCGGGGGCCGUCUAGGUGUUGCGAUGCUCAACAUCCUCGGCUUCAGCCAGAGUUUGUCCCAGUUCAUCUUCUUCUACACAGACUUGGAGACGUCGUUGCAGGCAGUUUCCCGGGUUAAGGAGUUUGUGGAAACGACCAUGUCGGAAGAAGCGAGCCCCAGGUCUCUGACUGCGCCCCUAGAACACUGGCCUGCUCGCGGCGCGGUGGAGUUUCGAAAUAUCACUGCUUCAUAUGCUAGUGACACGGACAGCCCUGUUCUCAAGGGUAUCUCCCUGGUCAUUCAACCCGGACAAAAGGUCGGAAUAUGUGGCCGGACAGGCAGCGGCAAGUCCUCUUUGCUUUCUGCUUUGUUCCGCAUGAUCGAACUCCAGAGUGGCAGCAUCACUAUUGACGGGAUUGACCUCAAGAACAUAUCCCGGCAGGAGGUGCGCUCACGGUUAAUUGCGAUCCCGCAGGAUCCAUUCUUGCUCCCCGGAACAGUCCGUUUCAAUGCGUCGCCGGACGAAACAGUCGCAGACAACCGGAUCGUAAAAGUCCUCGAGAAAGUCGGGCUGUGGGAGCACGUUCAGAAGCGCGGUGGCCUUGACACCGAUAUUGAUAUUUUGGCUCUGUCGCAUGGCCAGCAGCAGCUCUUUUGCCUUGCGAGGGCAAUGCUGAGGCCCGGCACUAUUCUCAUACUAAACGAGGCAACCAGUAAUGUUGACUGGGGAACCGAUGAGGUCAUGCAACGGGUUAUUCGGGAGGAGUUUGCAAAUGAGACGAUUAUCACCGUUGCGCAUCGCCUGCGAACUAUUCUGGAUAGUGAUUUGGUGGUAGUGCUCGGUGAGGGACGUAUUCUUGAGGCAGGUCAUCCAGGGGAACUGCUUGCGAGUCAGGGUCAUUUUCGGGAAUUGUGUAGUACUCAAGGGAUCACAAUUGACACCAUCUGA